UGAAGAUUACAUUUUACAAUUUACAUCGAUUAACUUAGAUUUUUAUUUACGUGGUAAAACUGUAAUAGAGUACAUUUUAAGUAAUGAAGAAAAAUCUGUGUAUCUUCUUCUUCAUAAUCUGUUGACUUAUGUUUAUUCACAAUUAAAAUUUUUGACUAGAGUGCGCGAGUGGAAAGUAGUAGGACACUGGACAGCCACAGUUGGUCGCAGUCCACACCCGCAGACCGCAGUGAAAUUUCAAGUUACACUUUGUAGACACAUUUUAAGACUAAGGAACAAUAGUACGCUUUAAUAUUUGCUAGUCAUAUUGAUCAGCUGUGUUCAAUAUAAUGUCGCACUUACUUACGAAAAGCGGUUUAUCUCAGGAUGAGAAACUCCUAAUGCCAUUCACAUACAUCCAACAAGUGCCAGGCAAGCAGAUAAGAGCCAAAUUAACUGUAGCCUUUAAUUAUUGGCUUCGGGUGAGUGAUGAAAAAUUAAAGGCUGUUGGAGAGAUUGUUCAAAUGCUGCACAACUCCAGUUUACUUUUGGAUGACAUAGAAGACAACUCAAUUCUGAGGCGAGGCAUUCCAGUUGCCCAUUCUAUAUAUGGAGUGGCUAGUACAAUUAAUGCAGCCAAUUAUGUUAUGAUAGUUGCACUUGACAAGACAUUGAAAUUAGGGCACCCUUUGGCAACUACAGUAUACACUGAACAGUUACUAGAGCUACAUCGUGGUCAGGGUAUGGAGAUAUACUGGAGAGAUAAUUUUCAGUGUCCUUCUGAGGAUGAAUAUAAAGAGAUGACAAUGAAAAAGACGGGAGGUCUAUUUAUGCUGGCCAUUCGAUUGAUGCAGCUCUUCUCCGAGAACAAGUCUGACUUCAGCCGACUCUCAUCUAUCCUUGGCCUUUACUUCCAGAUCAGAGAUGAUUACUGUAAUCUCUGUUUACAAGAGUACUCCGAGAAUAAAAGCUACUGUGAAGAUCUGACGGAAGGCAAAUUCAGUUUUCCAGUCAUUCACGCGAUCCGAAACCAGGAAGACGACAAUCAAGUAUUGCACAUACUCCGUCAACGCACCCGUGACGUCGAAGUAAAGCGGUACUGCAUCAAACUGCUGGAGAAAUGUGGUAGCUUCCAGCAUACCAGAGAUACCCUUAUUGCGCUGGACCGAGAAGCGAGGGCUGAGGUGGCCCGUUUAGGUGGUAACCCGCAUUUAGAAGAACUACUUGACGAGCUCCUAAGUUGGCAGUCAAACAAAAAAUAGAAAAUAAGUGUAACAUUCAUGGUUUCUACCAAAUUGUUAGCGCAGGUAAAUCAAUUUUAUUUAGGAAAAUUUAGAUUUGCUAGCAGUUGCUAAAAUUUUUAUAGUCUUAGAUUUUGACGAGAAAAUAUAUAGAAAUGCUUAGAAAAUGGAACCGUGCAAUAAAUAAAAAAUCCGAAACAAUGUGAGAAUUUUUGUGUAUGUGUCGCAGCCAACUAGCAUAAUUAGCCGUUCAAUUAACAGCCUAGCCUUUUAACUAAAUGGCGCCGUUUAACUAACGGCCUGAAAGAUCAGCCGUAGCCUUUGUUGCAACAUUUAAUAAACUGGUUGGCUAAUGCUUACGAUCAGUCAUUAUUUGGCAGAAAUGAAAAAGAUUAAACAUAUGACAUGAAAUUUUUUUUUAAAUUAAACUGCUUAAGUCAAAUUCACAUUAUUGUUGUCUUUACACUCUUCCUUUGUACUUGUUGUUUUUCAUGAAACAUUCGAAAGCACCAUCAAAGUUGUAGUUUGCCGACGCCAUAUUGACAGUCAGUCAACAGGCUAGGCAAGUAAUGGAACGUCAUUGAUCCAAGUCAUUUGCCUAGCUGUUUGAUCAACUGACUGAACAUCUUUCAGGCCGCUAGUUAAACGGCUAGGUUGUUAAUUGAACGGCUAAUUAAGCUAGUUGGCUGCGACAUAUGCAUAAGAUUUUACAAUACAUAUUUGAAAUUGCUUUUUCGGGUAAAAAUCUCACGAUCUUUCAAUGCGUGCUGCGGCUGAAGUAUUCGUUUGUCUGUCAAAAUUGUAUUUAUGCUUGAAUAAUGUUCGUUUGUUUUGUAAAUGCAGGUAUUUACAAAACAAACGAACAAUUACAAACAAUUUGAAAGAAAAUGAACUUAAAUUUUUUUAUUGCAAAUUUUUUUGACAACUCAACUAUUCGGUUUUGACAACCGUUUCGUUUCGUUUAUUAAUAUUUCCGUUAAUUCAGAGACAAAACAAGACUUCUGUCGAAAGGAUUUUUUUUUUAAAUUAUGAUAGCUGAUUUAAUCCGCUAAUUUUUAAGUUGACGGGGCGUUAAUUAAACGUAAGAAUAACGGAGCGUUUUAACAGAACUCGAAAAGGCUGGUUCCAUGAGAUCUACUAACGAAUUGAGGAUGUUAAUUAAGUUUUCAAUAAAUUAUUUACUUAAUAAGUACUUAAAAUACUUUUGUCAUUAAUUACUAGUUUACAUAAUAUACUAGUCACGAGAAAGUUGCUUUAGCAUUCCGUUAAUUUUAACCUAAAAGUUAAUUGUUGAAACAAAAACUAAGCGCCACUAGUAGCAGGUGCACUCUGACACUUGAAUAGCAUUUCCGACUUAAGCUUUAGUUAUUGUAAUCGUUUUUAUAUUGUUUAUUUCGUUUUUGACACAAAGUGAGUCGAUAAUAAUCCGUUACAGAGUAGCCCUGCUUUACAAUUAAUAUCUCAGUGUACUGAAAUAUUCUAAGUGUCCAUAUGGACCUCUAAUAGUGCCUAAAAGCAAUUCUGAUUCUACCUUUAAGAUAAACUUACUUUUUUGGACUUAACGGCAAAAUACUAUAAUAAUAAAAAUUUAGGAUUAAAUAUUAUUGAUACAAUAGUAUAUAUGUAUCAUCUGUAUUAUUUUCGUUUCAUUUGACUUUGAUUACAGAUUUUAAAAAUAGUGAUGAAAACAAAAGAUUAUAUCGAAGUUUCAUACUUGUUUACAGUUUAUAAUUGCCAUGUAAGAUUACAAAGGAUAAUUAAUGAUAGAGGGAAACGUAACGGCGUUAUAACGAUUAUAUAGGGGUAGAAUUUCGCGCGAACUAUGUCCACGACCACCUAAUAUAAGCGUGCGUUAGACCUUUUUUGAUAAAGUGUGAACUGUGAAUAUGGCUUGUCAGUUGUCAAUGAGACAGAUAAUUAAUCAACUAAUAUUGACAUUUCAAUGAAGCUUCGUGAUCAUUAAAUUACCGAAAUUAUGUUACCUUUUUUAAUUUUGUACCUAUUUAUAUUAGGCCACAUCGCGUUUGUUGUAAUACAACUGUAUUAUCCGGUUUUUUUUUAUAAUUUUGUCUUCAAUACAUAAUAUAAUAUCGAAAGUUAAAUAUCCUUAAAAAAAUGAAUUUAAGUACAUUAAUCUAGAUGGUAGAAUGUAGUACUUAGUUAUCUAUGGCAUUUAUAAGCUAAAGUGUACUAGCGGUGACUGCGUUACCAUGGUAACACAAACGGCCGCCAUCUUGGUAUAAUUUGUUCAAGCUGUACCAAAGACAGAUUUUUAAAGAUUGUUAUUUCUCUUGGGCUUAUUUUUAAUAUGUGCAAUUAUAGAUAAUUGUAGUUCAUAAUAAUAGUUUUAACUAUGUUUUAUUUUUAAAUUUAAUACAGUUUUUCUCACACCACUGCAUAUUUGUUUUAUAUAUUAAACACAAAGAGCGUUACAAAACAAUGAUUGAAAUACAGUGUAAACUCUAUGUAACGUCCCGCGAUUUAACGACGAACUCCCUAAAGCGUCACGAUCCAGUGGCUUUGGUUGGUUUCGCUUGUCGUCCAUGCAAUGAUACUCUACAUAUCAUUACACCCACUCUCAAUAACGACAAUAAUUGAGAAAUAAAGUUCUUAAGAGUAAGAAAUUAGUAAAACUGCGCAGCUGUGUUCUUUUGUGGCUUUAUUAUCCAAGUCAGCAAUAAACUAGACUGUCGUCAUCAUGCAUACAAACCUUCUAAAAAAUCCUUCUUUUGUUUAUGAAUUGGGAUAGCUCGCACGUGUUGACUGUUGUUGACCAUGACUAAUAAGUUUGUACUCAUGGAUUAUCUAUACGUUUUUCUUUUCUCCAUUUAACGACAACUCUCUAUAACACAAUAAAAUGCACAGUUCUUUCAGUGUAGUUAUAUAGAGUUUAUACUGUAUUUGUUUUAUAUGUAAUAUUUCUUAAAAACACUAAACUAACUCGUCAUACUUAAAAGUGCUACUAAAAGUUCUGAAGCUGUAUAAGAAUGACCAAGUAUUAGAAAUAUAUGUAUGAAAAUUCUAUAUACAAAUGUAUUGUUACUAUAUAAAUAAUAUCGCUCUAUUGUAUUGAUACUGACAUGUUUCAUAUUUAUAUGUGUUAAUGCUUUGUAUUAAGAUAUUUAAAGCUGUGUGUGUUAUAAAUGAUGUCACACACGCGAUUAUUUAAAACGAUAUAAACUCGUAUUUAUUAUACUAACUCGACGUUCAAAUUUAUCUUAAUAUUAAGGUUAAUGCUUAACUAAUCAUUUAAGUAAAUAAUUGAAUUGCGUUUAUAUCCGUUUAAUGUUUUGUUUAAAUGUAGCAUAUUUUCCUGCGUAUGUCAUAGAAAAAAAAACAACAUAAAAAAAGGAAAUGUUGGUAUGUGUGUUUAUGUUAAUUAUAAUUGCUUAGCAAUAUUAAAAAUGCUUUUACUUGAAACUGACAGAUGUCUUCCAUAAUGACAAUAUGAAAAAGUGUGUAUCUUAGUAAUUAAAUUAAAUCAUAU